AGUUGCAAUUUCCUCUAACUUCGUUCGUAGUAUUUGACAGAAAAAUGGAGAAUUUGUUGUCCUUUGAUACUUGUUGAAACAUAAUUAUCGUUAAAACUUUUUUCCAUAGAAUAUUAAAGAUUGAUGGAAAAUCACAAACGGGAAAAAUCUCGAGAUAAUAAUUCGUCAAACAAAUUUGUGCUUAUUAAAAUUCAGAUAUAAAAGUCAUUAUAAUGAAGCCUUUGAUCGAAUUCGAAGAGUGUUUGCGAGACACACCAAAAUUUCGGUCUUGCAUUGAAGAAGUUGAAAAUAAUAUAGAUAUUUUGGAACAAAAAUUGGAUAAGGUAUUAAAGAACUGUAGCCUGAUGAUUGAAACUGGAAAAACUUUUGUUGGACAACAAAGUCAAUUUACCAACAGCUUAUGGGACUUAUCAUUAUAUUUUAGUAGUGAUCCAGAUAUAAUGGCAUUUUUAAAUAAGUUGAUUCAUUCUAUGCAAGAAAUGAAUAAGUUUCACAGUAUAUUAUUAGAUCAAGCAUCUAGAACUAUCAUCAAAGAUCUGAAUAUAUUUAUGAAAAGUGAUAUUAAAAAAGUAAAGGAAACACGUCAUUACUUUGAGAAAAUAUCUGCUGAUUUAGAUAUAGCCUUAAAUCGUAAUUCACAAGUUCCAAAAUCAAGACCCACGGAAUACGAGGAAACCUCGAACAUUUUAUCAGCUACACGAUCAUGUUUUCGCCAUACUGCAUUAGAUUAUGUACAUGCAUUAACGAUGUUACAAACACGAAAACGACAUGAAAUAUUGGGCUCUCUGCUUACUUAUAUGCAUGCUUGUAUAACUUAUUAUCAUCAAGGUAGUGAUCUUGGUCAAGACUUGGAUUCAUUUUUAAAAGAUCUUAGCGAGGAUCUUGUUAGAAUGAGAGAUGACUCUAAUAAACUUGAAAAGGAGAUGGAGAAUAGACAUAUUUAUGUUAAUAACAGAGAUUUAACUCCUUCGCCUAUACCUGGUAAUCCGAAGAUGGAAGGUUAUUUAUUUAAAAGAACUAGUAAUGCAUUUAAAACAUGGAAUAGAAGAUGGUUCUGUUUGAGAGAUCAUCAACUUGUUUAUAAAAAACGUACUGGUGAUGAUGAUUAUACCGUCAUGGAAGAAGAUUUACGUCUUUGUACUGUAAAACCUGUAGUAGAUUGUGAUAGACGAAAUUGCUUUGAAGUAUUAAGUCCAACAAAGAGUCAUAUGUUACAAGCUGAUAGCGAAGAAGCAUAUCUGGCAUGGGUAACUGCUAUGCAACAAGCUAUUGGUGCUGCUAUUCAACGAGGCAUGGGUACUUUAUCUACUACUAGUUCACAAGAAUUACAAUUAAGAGAUGUUAAAUGUCCAUCACGGCCAUCAUCUAAACCUAAAUCAAGAGUAUGGGAACAACUAUUGAAGAUUUCUGGAAAUGAUAUUUGCUGUGAUUGCGGUGGAUCAAAUUCAAGAUGGGCUAGUAUUAAUCUAGGAAUUACACUUUGCAUAGAAUGUUCCGGUGUACAUAGGAGCCUUGGAGUUCAUUAUAGCAAAGUACGUUCUUUAACAUUAGACGAUUGGGAACCAGAAAUAUUGAAAGUUAUGGCAGAAUUAGGUAAUACCGUAGUAAAUAACGUAUACGAGGCGUUACCAAUUCCUCCGAAUAUGAUUAAAGCUACACCAAAAUGUAAUAGCAACAUACGCGAGGCCUGGAUAAAAGCUAAAUAUGUAGAUCGUAUGUUCGUUAAACCUUUAACUAAUAUUAUUACAAACGAGCAUUCGCCUAAUCAGGAACAAAUGCAUUUUCGUAAAUGGAGCGUUCGUAAAUUACGUCGUAGGCCACGUAGUUAUGAUCUUGAUUCUUUAAAUCGAAACAAAACUAUUUUAAAUUCUUCCAAGGGAGCUCUGUGUUCAAGUUCGGAUGACAGUAAACAUACAUCAAUAGAAAGUUUAAAUUCUGUUGAGAAAUCAAUAUCGCAAAAAACGGAUACGGUUUCUACAAUGUCUGACAAUUCAAGUACUGAUAUAAAAAAUAGUUCUACCCUAUAUACAAAAAUAUUAACUCAAACCCAUAACGACGUGAAUGAAAAUAAUAGUCUUUGUAAAAUCAUCGAUUCGGAAUCUGCAGCAAACAACGAAGAAGUACUUAAAACGGAUGUGUCGAAAUUUGAAGAAAAUCCAUGUGAUAAUAUUACCUCUGAUAUAAGCGAUAUAUCAAAUGAUAAAAAUAAUGACUUGGAAAUACAAAAAACUGAGAAAAUUAUGCUAUCUGAUGUAUUGAUGUUUGGAUGUGAUCUACCAAAAUCAAUGAUCGAUGGAAGUUUAGAAUUAAGUUCAGAUCAGGAUUCAACAGCUGGUGAAGAUGAAGAAUUUGCCGAUGAAGAAGACAUAGAAAAUUUACAUCCUGAAAUGUUAUUAUAUAAAGCAGCAGCUGCACAUAAUCUACCUGUUAUGUGUGCUGCUUUAGCUGCAGGAGCAGAUAAAUUAUGGUCAAACGUUAACGAUAGAGGUCGUACUGCUUUACAUCAAGCUAUAAUAAGCGGUUCUGUGAUGUCCUGCGAAUAUCUUCUAUUAAAUGGUGCUCGUAUCAAUUGUCAAGAUGCAGAUGGAAAAACUCCUUUAUAUUUAGCUACGGAAUUAGGACAUACAGCCCAAGUAUGUUUGCUAUUGAAACAUCGUGCAGAUCAACAUAUUAAAGAUGAAAGUGGUGUAAAACCUUUAUCGAUUGCAGUAAAGGAAGCUAAUGCUGAUAUUGUUACUUUAUUACGACUUGGAUUGUUAAACGAAGAGAUGAAAGAUUCUGAAAUAGGCGUUACUGGGGAUGAAACAUUUAACGAUGUUGUACGCGACUUUAGUCAGUUAGCUUGUUCACAUCCAGAACGAUUACAACGGCGAAAUGAUAGUAACAAUAUUCCACAUUCACCGGAAUGAAAAAAAUUUCAAUGUCAAUGUGGGAGAAAUGAAUAUAAACAAUUUGUCUUUCAGUUUGCAGGGUAAUGCGAGUGAAAUAUAGAAAGCACGUAAGUAUAAAUAAAAUAUAAAAUAUUUGUAUUUACAAAACAUGAAAUAAGAAGAAAGUAACUAUGCAUAAAGAGCCAAUGACGAAUGAAAAAUUAUUUAACGUUUACAUUGGUACCUGAGAUUUUCAAAGCAUGUAAGCAUAGAAAUCGGUAUCAAAUUUAUAUAAUAUUCAAGCUAUCUGAUCUUUUUUUUAUUUCUCUUGAUAAAAUUAUAAAACUAAGAAAUAUUAUUUUUUAUUCAUAAACAUAUAACGAUUUCAAAGAGCAUGUGAUCUGUCAUUUAUAUAAUAUACAUUUUGCAGUUAGAGAGCAUGAAGAAAAAAGCCUAUUUAUCAGUACCUAAUAUAUUGUUAAUAUUGAAAGUAAUGAAUAAUCAAAACUGCAUUCUAAAAGGAAUACAUGUUAUUUGCCAUUUUUAUGCUCAAUGAUCUAACAAUACAUAGGAUUAAGUUUUAUAGACUUACUGUCUUUCUAUGUUUGCUAUUGAUAUCAUAUAUAAAUGCAUAGUUUAUGUGCAUGUUACUACCUUCUAAUCUAUACAUAUAUAUACAUACACACAUAUAUAUAUAUAUAUAAAAAUACAUAUAUAUAUCUAUGUGUGUGUGUGUGUAUUACAAAAUUGUACUGAUUAUAGUACAGUAUUAUGUGAGAAUGAAUUUUAUUGAUAUUUAGUUAUAGAUAUUAUUAGAAAUAAGAGGUCAUUAUUUCACGUUAGAAUUCUAAUAAUAAUUCACAAUUCAUUUGCAUGUUAAUUAAUACAUAAUCAACUUUGUGUGCAUGUAAAGCAAAAUGCCAAAAGUUCAUAUAUUUGUACACUAAAUUAUGGAUCUGACAGUAUAUUCGAAUAUUUUAAUAUAGUCUUCCUUACAAAAAAAAAAAAAAAUUCCAAUUAAAAAUGUAUUAAAUGAAUGAGACCUAUACUGUAAUAGAUAUCGAUUAUAUCUUCGUAUAUAAGAACGUAUUAGUAAAAUAUUGUAGAUUAGUAUUUUUUUUUUUAAUAAGUACUUAUAUAACCAUCUAAAUUAUAUGGUAAGAUUUUAUUGUUUACUUAUGAUUCAUACAUUAUACCAUUUAAUUUAUAUUUUAUUUAUAUCUUCAAUACUUUAAUAUUUCUAUUAUUGGUUUGUUUGUUCUUUUUUUUCUUUUUUUGUCUCCAAAUUAUUACUAUAAUGACUAUAAAGAAUUUCUCCAAUUAAUUUCUUAAAUAACGCCGCGUACUAUUGCUUUUUUUUUUGUGUCAAUGUUUAUGCUAUCCAUGUAUAUUCUAUGAAAAUCAUAUUAAGGAUAUUACAAUAUAUAUUUGCUACAUUCCUUUAAAUUAGAUUAAAAAAGAAAAAAAAAAAAAAAAGAAAUGUUUCGCUAUUCGUAAUAUAAAUAAACUAAAUUUAUAGAAAACACAAAAAAUUUUAGAAAAAAUUAAAAAAAAAAGAAAAGGAAAAAAGAAAAACAGAAAAAAAAUUUUAAUUACAUCUAAAGGUACGCAUCAUAUAAAGGUACCUGAUAUUUUAUUAAUAUGCUCUCGAGUUACGUUAUAUUUUACUUUUAUUUUAUGUUUAUUAAAGAAUAUUUAAGAUGCGAUUAGUGAUAGUUACCCUUCGCGAUUUUACCGUAAUAUUAUUAUUUCUAAAUCUACAAUAAUUUUCCUAUUGAAAAGAAAUAAGAAAAAUAAUAAUAAGAUGCAUAUUAUUAUAUAUAAAUAAAUAAAAUUCUUAAGGUCAAAGAUCUGAAAUCUACAGCAGAGUUUACAAUCCCAGAAGAGAA